AGGGACUGUUGAGGAGGUGAUCGGAGCGGCACUAUAAUAAUAAUAAUAAUAGUAAUAAUAAUAAUAAUAAUAAUAAAGGGGGCGGACAGGAGCUAUUUCGCAGUUUCUACAUAAACUCCCCGGAAUACAAAUCCAGGUGGUAGGUGGAGAAAAAGCACAGCCCAGUGCUGGAUCCCAGGGGGACUGUCAGCGUGGUAAGGACCCUUGAGACGAAGGAGGGUGCAUGGAGGGUUCAAGGCCUGUAAAGCCAGGGUCAUCAGCCUGCCUCUGGUUGGGGCUGGUCUCUGUGGCUGUAGCCUUCCUUUGUACAGAGGCCCGGACCACUCCGAGUCCUCUGGUAACCCCCAGCAAUGCGACCUGCGAGGGAAACUCCAAAUGUCAUCCAGGGAUCAUCCUCCCCAUCUGGUAUCCCGAGGAUCCCUCCAUGGGAGACAAGAUCGCACGGGUCAUUGUGUAUUUUGUGGCCAUGAUCUACAUGUUUCUCGGAGUCUCCAUCAUUGCCGACCGCUUCAUGGCGGCCAUUGAGGUCAUCACCUCCCAGGAGAGGGAACUUGUCAUCAAAAGACCUAAUGGGGAAACAACAACCACCACGAUUCGGGUGUGGAAUGAAACGGUCUCGAACCUCACCCUCAUGGCCUUGGGCUCGUCUGCCCCUGAGAUUCUGCUUUCUGUAAUUGAGGUUUGUGGACAUGGGUUCAGAUCCGGUGAACUUGGGCCCGCCACAAUUGUCGGCAGUGCUGCCUUCAAUAUGUUUGUCAUCAUUGGUCUCUGUGUGUCUGUCAUUCCCCAAGGAGAGGUACGCAAGGUCAAACACCUCAGAGUGUUCUUUGUCACUGCAGGCUGGAGCAUCUUUGCUUACAUCUGGCUCUACAUGAUCCUGGCUGUGUUUUCUCCUAACGUAGUCCAGGUCUGGGAGGGUCUACUCACACUGGCCUUCUUCCCCAUAUGCGUACUCCUUGCGUGGGUAGCAGACAGACGACUGCUCUUCUACAAGUUCAUGCACAAGAAGUAUCGCACUGACAAACACAGAGGUGUCAUCAUCGAGACGGAGGCUGAACGCUCCAAAGGGAUUGAAAUGGACGGGAAGAUGGUCAACUCUCACUUCAUGGAUGGAGGUGCGGCAAGCAAUCUUAUUGGUUUGAUCGAGAGCAAAGAGGUAGAUGAGUCCCGGCGUGACAUGAUCCGCAUCUUGAAAGACCUGAAGCAGAAGCACCCAGAGAAAGAGCUGGAUCAGCUGGUCGAGAUGGCCAACUACUACGCUCUCUCGCACCAGCAAAAGAGCCGUGCCUUCUACCGCAUCCAAGCUACACGCAUGAUGACAGGCGCGGGAAAUAUCCUGAAGAAACACGUUGCAGAGCAGGCGAAGAAGAGUGCAAGCGUGCAGGAGGUGCAUGUGGAGGAGCCAGAAGAGUAUGUGUCACGAAUUGCUUUUGAGCCUGCCGUCUACCAGUGCCUGGAGAACUGUGGCGCCGUCAUUCUGACCAUUACCAGAAAAGGUGGCGACAUCAACAAGACGAUCUACGUGGAUUAUAAGACGGAGGAUGGCUCCGCUAACGCUGGGGCCGACUACGAGUUUUCAGAGGGAACAGUGGUGUUCAAACCAGGAGAGAUGAUCAAGGAAAUAAACAUUGGCAUCAUAGAUGACGACAUCUUUGAAGAGGACGAGCACUUUUUUGUGCGGCUCAGCAAUCUGCGUGUCCUGGAGACGGAGGACGAGGUGCUGUCCCCCAACAGUCUCCCGUACCCAAAGGCCAUGCUGGGCUUCCCCACUGUGGCCACUGUGACCAUUUUGGAUGACGAUCAUUCAGGCAUCUUCACCUUUGAGAGCAGCUCAGUGCACGUCAGUGAGAGCAUGGGUAUUAUGGAAGUGAAAGUACUCAGGACUUCUGGAGCAAGGGGGACGGUCAUUGUGCCUUAUCGCACUAUGGAGGGACUCGCCAAAGGUGGAGGGGAGGACUUUGAAGACACCUACGGAGAGCUGGAGUUCAAAAAUGACGAGACCUGCAAACUUAUUCACGUGAAAAUUAUUGACGAUGAGGAGUAUGAGAAAAACAAGAACUUCUUCCUGGAGCUGGCCGAGCCUCGCAUGGUAGACAUGAGUCUGCAGAAAGAUCCAGACGUUCAGGAAGUUUAUACCGGGAGCCGAAUUAUCCGCAGAGGCCUCUUCCUCUCCAAAACAAACAGACAAGAUGUACCAGACAGGACGAUGACAUCAGACGAGGAGGAAGCCAGGCGGAUCGCAGAGAUGGGAAAACCAGUGCUGGGGGAGCACUCCAAGCUGGAAGUCAUUAUUGAAGAAUCAUACGAGUUUAAGAGCACAGUGGACAAGCUGAUUAAGAAGACCAACCUGGCGCUGGUGGUGGGAACCAACUCAUGGAGAGACCAGUUCAUGGAGGCCAUCACAGUCAGUGCAGAUGAGGACGAAGAGGACACAGGGGAAGAGCGGCUGCCGUCCUGUUUCGACUACGUCAUGCACUUCCUCACCGUCUUCUGGAAGGUCCUGUUUGCUUGCGUUCCUCCCACAGACUACCUGCACGGCUGGGCCUGUUUCGUUGUCUCCAUCGUCAUCAUCGGCCUGCUCACGGCCGUCAUUGGCGACCUGGCGUCUCACUUUGGCUGCACCAUCGGCCUCAAGGACUCGGUGACUGCUGUGGUGUUUGUGGCGCUUGGUACAUCAGUCCCAGAUACCUUUGCCAGUAAGGUAUCAGCAGUCCAGGACACCUACGCAGAUGCCUCUAUCGGGAAUGUGACCGGCAGCAACGCCGUCAACGUCUUCUUGGGAAUCGGCAUGGCCUGGUCGGUGGCGGCCAUCUACUGGCACAUGAAAGGAAAGCCGUUUGUGGUGGAAGCCGGCUCACUGGCUUUCUCCGUCACCCUCUUCACCAUCUUCGCCUUCCUGGCCAUCUCGGUGCUGCUUUACCGGCGCCGGGCCCACAUCGGAGGAGAACUGGGCGGGCCCCGGGGACACAGACUGGCCACGUCAGCCUUCCUUUUCGGCCUCUGGUUCCUUUACAUCCUCUUCUCCAGUCUGGAGGCCUACUGUCAUAUAGAGGGCUUCUAAGCAGCAAAGACUUCAGCGUGAGAGAAAACAAACAUGCAGGGGUUCAAAGUACAACUUCAGAGGUAACAGAGCGAAUUCUCACUGUGGAAUUUGGGUCAGUCUUGUUUGGUAUGAAAGGACAGAAGAGGUAGACCCAGGGUUUUCCCAGACACCUCCCUCCCUCUCUCUCUCUCUCCCUCAACCCCUUCUGUAAGGAUGCUUGGAGGUGAUUAUCCUGCCCUCUAGUGCCAACAGGCCUGUCCGCCCCGGCUGCAGGGGAGCCGUCCUGAGCCUGUGCGAGUGUGCUUACAGUUGGGAUUGGGUUACCUCUGAGUCCAGAAGAUGCCGAUGCCGGGUUGGUCCUGCAUUCCACUGGAAGAGACUGCAGUCUUAUAACCGGAGAGAGUUGAGUUAAUCAGAGGUCUAUAUUUUUCUCAACAUCCGACGAGAACGACUUUUUUUAAAAAGUAUUUUGGCGAUAAAAACGCAAAAAUAAAUAAAACAAAAAAAUAAAAUAAAACAAACACACACACACAGACAAAAGGAGGAAUAAAAGAACUAUUUUCUGAUCUACGUUAAGGAAUAACAAAAAGAUAAUAUUGUAAAUGGGAAUAUGUUGUUGAGUGACAGUGGGAUGGAUUCAUAGUAUUUAUUUUUAUUUGCAUAGUUUCCUAAGGAGCACUGCAGAGUUCUCAGAUAUCACACGAUGAAGAAGAAGAUGAAGAAGAGGAGCGACAGUGACAGUUCAUACUGGCAGACGAAUCACCAUUCAAACAGACGAGGAGGAAGAGGUGGACACAGUGAACGUGGUCAAACUGCCCUGAACAUUACUUCCGUACUCUAUACGUAUCUAUAUAUAAUAUAUUUCCAUAUUUUCUGUAUAUUUUGAAUAUUUGUUUAAAUGUGGUCACCUUCUGCUCUAACAACAGAGGAUUGCUGUGGCUAAGCGGGAUGGGGAGGGGAGGGGGGGUCAAACUAUAUACUGGAACGAUGUCUUCACAUUUCUAAGAGUUAUGUAUCUUGCCUAGGUAAAAGUAUGACAUUGUAUUUUAUUUAUUUACUGAUAUCUUGGUCUCACUCGAGUUUUCACCUUUUCAAUCAGAAAUCCAAAAAAAGAACAAAAAAAAAAAAACAACGUGUUGCUGCAGAGGUUAAAUUCAGAGGUAUUUUUGUACUGUUCCUUCCAUGCACUUUGCUGUAUAGUUCUAUUUAUGGAGACUUCUACUUGUACAUGUGCAAAAGGCCAAUAUUAAAGGUGUCACUAUGGACUGAACAGAGUGCCUGUGGAGGGAGAGGCGUUUGCUGCAGCCGCCCACACUGACACUGACGAGCUCUUAGCUCAGCUCAACUACUGAAGAGUUUCCUCCUAAAAUUGAGCAUAACAGUUUUCAAAGCUGCAUUGAUAGAUAUAUUUGGUUUAUAAGGGGGCAGCAGAACAAGCAACACAAGACCUGCCAAAAAGCUGAAGUCAUGCUAGCUGCUAGCUAGUCAUGCUAGUCUGCUAGCUGCUGUUUCGCUAGCUCCUGUUUCGCUAGCUUCUGUUUCACUAGCUUCUGUAUCUUAGUGCCAAAUUUAGGGUUUCUUUCAUCUGUAUUUCUGAAAACAAUUCAUCAUGGUCCUGGUUUCCACUUUUUAAAAUAAUUGGGUAUCUAUGAAGGUCAAACCUUUAGCCAUACGUUAGCCUUAGCAUUAUCCUAACUUUCUGCCAUAUCUUUUUAGCUGGAAUUUAUGCCAUCUAACAAUGUCUACACCGCUCUGCACUUUGUGUCCUGCUGUUGUUACAGCUAGCCACCAGUCUCUGGUGACAUUUAACCUACAAUGGUCUAGGGUAUACCGAAAAAGUCACGCUGUUCUCAUGCACUGCUGGUAUGAAAAGUAAUGCACCAGAAUUCGUAUCCCCGCGUAAUCAUGAACAAGUAAAUCGUGUAACCCACAUUAUUGGGAGGGCUGCAAUUACGUAAACGAUGUGCUGACAGGAGAAGAGAACAAAGUGAAAAAAACAACAACGAAAGUUCGCAUGAGGUUGGGGUGGUGGAGGGGUCAAACAAACACAGGACUGUACCUCAGGAGAUCGGCGCUUGUGAAGUGAAGUGAACUCAAGUGAACUUUGAGUUAUUUUAAGGCACAUCAACAUGUUUCUUCACCUUAACCUCAGGCCUACUUACAUAACUUCACUUUGCUAACCCUAACCUACGUAACUUUACAUCAAGUAUGUUUCUUCAGUACAAAAACAUGACAAUGUCCAUCCACGUUUCUUUUCCUAACCUAUGUAACUUUACUUGCCUAAACUAUCCUACACUGUACAUUGAGUACAUAAUGUAACGAGUACGUAACAUGUCAACACCCAACGAUGUUUCUUUUCCUGCACCUAACCCACGUAACUUUACCUGUCUAACCCGCAAAACUUUACAUCAAGUACACAACUUUACAUUAACUACUUAACUUGAUGACACUCAACCAUGUUUCUUUUUGUAAACCUAACCCACAUAACUUGCCUAACCUACGAAACUUUACAUUAGGUACAUAACUUUAUGUAAGUACAUGACGAGACAAAGUCCAACAAUGUUUGUUUUCCUAAACCUAACCCACAUAACUUUACUUGCCUAACCUACGUAACUUCACGUCAAGUAUGUAGCUUUACAGAAAGUACAUAACUUGAGGACAAACGAUCAUGUUUGUUUUUGUAAACCUAAUCUACAAAACUUAACGUAACUUUCAGUUAAGUACGUAACGUGAUGACGCCCAACAAUGUUUCUUUUCCUAAAUCUAACCUACAUAUUUUCAUGUCAAGUAUGUAACUGUACGUUAAGUAUGUUACGUGAUGAUUCAUGUUUGGUACCUAACUUUAUGUUAAGUCCGUUAUGAGGCACCGCCCAACUAUGUUUCUUUUCCUAAACCUAACCUACGCAACUUUCCUUGCCGAACCUGCGUAACUUCAUGUUAAGUACAUAACAUGCCAAGGUAUUUGUGGGGUGCUAAUCAGUUAGAUACCAUAUAACCCAUUAUAUGUACGUUUUCAUAAGAUAUAAUAAAAACUGUUGUAUGAGAAUAAGUUGAAAAAGUUAGCUAUGCUAAAAGCCAUUUUAACAGAAAUAGUAAAUAAUGAUAUUACAGUGUUUAUUUUUUAAAUUACCCGUCCUGUCUGGAGAAAGAGAACAUGACAUGACCUCUAAUUGAGCUACGCUAGGUCAUGUUCAAAGGCUGAAGUUUGCAAUAGCCUAAUUAGCGUCAUUACAGAAGUUAAUAUGUUUUUAAAUGAGGCUUUCUCACUUAUGUAGCAGAACCCAGAGGUUUCACCGUCAGCUUAGCUUUGUGUAUGAUUCCUUUGGUGAUUGUAGACACAGCAGUUUUUAAACACCUGAUGAAGGUAAAUCAGAUAUUCAACAUGUUUUCAGCUCUGUUUUGUUCUCUGACAACCCCUAAGGGAUAUAUCUGUUGCUUUAGCUACUAAAUGCUCAAACUUUGCUCACAAGCUAGAUGCUAACUUUUUUUUGGUGCUGGGAAGCUAGCAUACAGUGGAGUUAGCUAAAACUGCUGAAGUACUUUAUGGAACUGAGGGGAACUGCACCCAUAGAAAUGAAAUGGUUGGUUUGUUUAUGGAAGUUUAAACAGAAGUUGCUAGAAGCUGCUACAACCGUUACAUGGCAAUGUUACACAGAAAAAUGGACGCCUCUCUGACCAUCCUGCUACGUUCAUUUGAAUGGGUUCAUUUCUACGGUUGCACCUUUCACAUCCCACAUUUAAUCCUUCGUUAAAUAUGAAUUAAUGCAGCUUUAACAAAGUAAAUCUGUCUUCUCUUGAUGUUUACAGAGAGUCAAGGUCAGAUUUGUGGGUGUGUUGUUGGGAGCACUUCAAAAAAUGACUCAAAUUACAUUUUUCACCAUAACAACUUUAUUUUUGCUCAUUAUGUAAAGAGUAGGAGUCAGUGAUGCUCAUUUUGGAUCGAAACUCUUCAGUGAAGCAGCAGGUGUGGGUGUCGGAGCAGCAGAUAGCUCCAGGUUGAAUCUGAAAGUAGCCUGAUAUUGAUACUGAAUGCUGUUUAACACACGACUGGUGCUUUGUUUUUAAAAACGAGAGAGUCAAAAAAAAAAAACAUUUAAAACUCCCAAGAAGCAGCAGAAAAUAUGUUUAUUACUUAAUUUGCAUUGAAGUGUAUGUUAGUAUAUAAUCAGUCAGUUCUUGGCUAAGUUAAAAAUCACCCAAGAGAUUACCAAAGAGGUGGGAUGCAACAUCUGUUUUAAAAAAAUAAAAAUUAAACUACAAAAAAAAAAAAAAAAAGUAAGUGGCAGUGACACUGUAUUUCCACAAGGGGGAUGUCAAUCUCCAGUCCCUGUGGUCAUCCCUUCUUCUACUUCUCUACUGAGCACUCUUCCUCCUCCUCCUCUUCCUCUUCCUCCUCCUCCUCCUUAGUGUUCUUCCUUUGUGGUGAGCAGUGUUGUAAAUACGUCUCGUGGCUGAAUCGGAUGCUCUUUUCCCGGCCCUGGACCACACCUGCUCCACCCGCCUCCGUCUCCUUCUAUCUCUCUCUUACAUAUAAACACACACACAUUCAGAGUAGAGCAAUGGGUCCACUGCUGCUGCACAAGAGGGAGGACAGUUGGGCUGACUGUCCCGUUCAGACGCAACACAAACCCACAUUCUGUACAUAAUUUUCAGUGUAUGUUUACAUAGACACAGUAUAGGUGUCCUGCGGGGGGAGCAUGUCAACACGACUCACAUCUCAUCUACAGUACAGGUUAUCUGCGGUCGCUUCAUCUGAGCCAGUGUCAGUGGAAGUGUGAAGUUUUUUUUUAUGAUUUUAUUUUUUUGAACUGUCACCCUUUUCCCUUGUUCAAAUCCUGCAGCAGGAAAUAUUUUCAGUCUUGAGUUCAGCAGGUGUUCAUGAUGUCAAAGACUUGCCAGUGUUUUUAAUUUUAUCUCGGCCUUUUGUGGCUGUUUGUUUCUUUGGUUGUACUCUUGGUUUGUAUCUGCGGGGAUGUGUCGAAGCUGAACGUCGGCCGGUGUGUGUUUGUGUGCUGUGCAUGUUGCCAGGCUGUGCGUCCUCUUCGCACCCGUGUGCACAGGCGGUGUUGUUCCUCACAAAGGGCACCACUCUCAGCUGUCAUUCUGUCUUAAAGAUACAUGUCUUAAUUCUGUGGGAAAAUAUUUAUCAUACACACCACCUCUCAAGGCACCAGUCUGGGUUUUUUUUUCUCAGCCUGUGGGAUAUAAGUGAAAUAGAAGUGGACACUGAGGAGAGCUUCAUCGACAGGUGAACACUGUUCUUUUAACUUUUUGUUUGUGUAACAGAAAAGGGGCACAUUUUAAUGGAUGGGUAUGUUUUUCCUGGCCUGCAAUGAGAUGUCAAAAAUAAAAAAGCAUAUUUCCAAAGUUGACGGUGUUUUUGAGAUCAACACAUUUUUUGUUCUUUUACUGAUGUGGAAUAAAAGCAGCUUUCUGGUUCAUAAGCCAACACUGGUUGCACUGACUUAAAUCGAGCCUGACUAUGUGUCUCUGACUCCUGUUGACUGUCUGUGUAUCAUGAUGUCACUGUCACCCAGUGUUUUUUUAGGAAUGACGAUAAGCAGACUUGUGUUUUUUGGAGCUGUGGUUCCCAACUGGUGCAGCCACAGGGUCUAGAUUUCUCCUUAGUCAUUAGUUCAAGGUCCACACAGUUUGAGACAUUUGGCGUCAGACUUGCGUUUUGCCAUUUCGUUGGGCUAGUUUGCUGUCUCUGUGAAGUAGCUGUUUGUUAGUCACUCACUCUACAGCAGAAAACUACACUUCACUUAACAAUGAAGUGUGUUUUUUACCAACACAUUCUCACUGUGGCCUCGUCACAUAUCGACGUUUGGUCAUGGACUUUUAAACACUGAAGGUACCCUGGGUGUGUUGGUUGUUGACGUUCUAGAACGUCGUGUCAAGUUCUGCCUGUUACAUGUAUCGUCUUCUUUAAAAAUUACACUUCUGCAAACUGAUGUUUUUUCUGCCUUCAACAACUAACGCACAUGGUUGGGUUUAGGAAAAAAGAACAGGGUUUGGCUGUAGAAUCUUACAGGAGGUGAACAACAUUCUCUCAAGUGAAAGUCGGUGUUCGUUGGACCCAUCCACCACCCCUCCAACCCACCCUAGUCGGACUUUUGCAGCCUUAACUUUAGUUCUUGUCCUGCCACGUUUCCCCCUGACGCCGCUGAAUGCCAUUAAACAACUGGUCGUGUAUCGUGCCGACGUCAAAGGACACCUCUUUUCGUUGGUUUCCUGAUGCCACAAGUCACUGCCCAAGCGUCUGAUUUCAGGGACUUCAGAGUGAGACCAGGCUCUUUUCACGAACUUGACACGUUUCAGAUUCACACGUGGUCCAUUCAGAAUGGACCCAUGACCCACUUUUGGACCGCGACCCACCAGUUGGGAACCACUGUUUUAGAUUAUAGGUUUUGAAAGGUUUCCACAAACAAACCAAAAUCCUCUAACUUAAGAUUAACGAUUAAAAAUUCUCCCAAAUUGGUGUUUUCACAGAACAACAGUGAUGUGUUGCAUCAGUAAAAAGCACAAGUGUGUGUGUCCCAGUCUGACACAUGGAGGUGCACAUAUUUCCAGGAAACAGGGUUUUAGGCACUGAUAAGAUGAAAUAUAUUUUAUUUGGAAUGACUCUUGUGUUUCAGUUUUCUUUUCCCAUCUACCCCCAGACACCAAGUGAAAGCAUUACUCAUUACUUUUUUUUUAAGCAUAUUUUUACUCCAUCUCUGUGAAACCAGUCCUCUCUCUAGUAUCUUACAUCUUUAUAUGAAUGCCCUCCAUGUCUGUUGAUUGCACUUCACUGCACAUCUGCAUCAGUAUCCAGCAGAGCCUCUGGGUUGUUUUGGUGGUUUUGUGUUUUUCAUAUUGCUGUUAAAGUAUCCCAGAGCAGAGCUUUGUUUACAAUUUGCAAACACAGAAUAUUCCAAAUUUAGAUUUGACAUGUAUUUUAAAACCAGCACUGAGCUGAUUGUCCUGUGCGCUGCAGAGUGAGUAACUGUAGAGGGAUGUUUGUAAUCUGUUCAGGCAUUUUCAGGUACAUGAAAGAUAACUGACUUUAAGACCAUCCUGUCUUUUUCACUUUGAUCUUUCUCUCUCUCAGACUCACAAGAUCACAUCAGUCUUCAUUCGCUGCCUGAUGGAAAAUAAGGUCGUCUUUAAAAAUCAUUCUCAUUGUGCCCGAAGUCUAAAACAAGAGCUUCAUGUUCAAAGUUCAAAUCAAAAGCAAAAUGUGCCCUCAGCCGUCCCAUGUAUGUGUAAAAGAACAUUUCUGCCAGGAAGAGAAAAAAUAUAAAGAUAAAAAGUCAUUAUUAAAAAAAAAAAAAAGUCACCUUACAUUUUUUACAUAGUAAGCCAAAAUUUUGGACUUUUUAUCCCACUGGCAACAUUUGACAAAGUUUUGACUUAGUAGGCAAAAAAUUUGACUUGAAGGCUCAUUAUUUUACUAACUUAGGGUCAAAAGUCUGACUGUCUCUUAUGAUUUAAUUUUCUCUGAUUAAGCUUAAAUGUUGACUUCUGAAAUUUUUGUUUUUUUUAAUCACACUUUUGACUUACUUACUAUUUCAUAAUUGUGACUUUGUCAUGUUUAUGUAUGAAAGGACAUUUCUGCCAGAAAUCUGAAAAGUUGAAAUCAAAACAAUAUUAAAAGUAUAAAAAAAUUCUGAUGUAAGAAAUCAUGUUUUUUUUUUUUUUACUUUUUAUCCUGUAUUGUUGACUGUUAAAAAUUUUGAGUUGUAGCUCAAAAUUUCCAUUUACUAUCUUAAAGUAAUAUUCCAUCAUUUUGACAUAAUAUUUCAAAAUUUUGACCUAAUAAGUGAAAGGUGUGACUUUGUAGCUCAUAAUUUGGCUUAGAAAGCUACAUUUUUUAUUUAUCUCAUAGUUUUUGAUUUACUACUUCAUCACUUUGAUAUGUAAAACUUUCAAGAACAUUUCUCCCAGAAAGUCAAGUUAACUUUAUUAAUACAGCAAAAAUAAAAGAAAGAAGUGAAACACAAAAAAAUCUGAAUGAUAAUAGCCAUAAAAUAAUAAUAACAGUAAUGAUCACAAAAAAUGAAAAGUCAUGAUAAAAUAAUGUUGAGUAUAAAAAUUGUAAAUCAAAAUCAUGAGCCAUAAAGUUUAGACUUACUAUUACUACUAUAAAGAUUUUCUUAUAAUAACAUACAUGUUCUUAAAUUUUUAUCCUGAACUUUUGACUGACUGAACAAAGUUUUAACUCAAUAAGCUAGAAUUUUCACUUCUUAGCUCAUAAUUUUAACUUAAUAGUUUCAAGUCAAAAGUCUGAAUAUCUCUUAUGACGUACUAACUCUUAUGUCACUUAUUAAGCAAAAAUGUUGACUUUAUAUUGGGAAGAUUUUAUUUUAUUUAUCUCACACUUUUAAUUUACUAUUUCAUGCUUAUGAGUAAACUAAAAUAUUCUUUUUUGUUUUUUUUUGUUUUUUAGAAUUUUGACUCCGUAUUUUAGAUGUUAGAAUUUUAGGACAAAGGUGUGACUUACUAGCUCAACAUUUUUAAUUUGUAAGCUAAAUUUUAGAUUUAUCUCAUGAUUUUGAUUUACUAUUUCAUAUAUUUCAUAGAAUUCAUUUCUAUUUUAUUCUAUUUCAGACACAAAGGCCCGUAUCAAUCUACUAUCUACUAUCAAUAUAGAAGGCUAAGACGUGCCAUAAGCAUUUUUAUUUUUCACCAUGACUAACUUUGAUUUAUUUUUAUUUUCUUGGCAGAAACAGGCUUCCACAUGUCAUCUUAUCUGUCACCAUCUUUAUUUCCCCCCUUUGUGUGACUACCUUGAUGACAUCCUGUCUCUAUAUUCAUAUAAAUACCAACAUUAAAUGUGCAGACACAACCUGGUGAAGUGUGUCAGGAUGUGGACUGGAGUGGGCUCAUGCUCGUCACUGAUCAACGUGAAUCACUGUUACUGCAUCUGCACUGUUUGUACAGUUUGUUUCACCUGAGCUGAGUGAAGCUGUCCUCAAAGCUACAGAGUGGUCAUGACGUCACAACACACUAAAGUUAGGCUUUAUUUUAUUGUGUUUUUCAGGAAGUGGAUUUAAAUCAAGUCAAAUUAAAGGGAGGAUAUUUGAACCCUUUAGGAAUCUGUUUGACUACUACACACACACACACACACACACACACACACACACACACACCUGAUCCCCUCAUCACACCACUGAAUAGUUGGGAUUGUUCAUCUGACUGUUUUGUUGACUGUUUUUUACACCUUGUUCUGGAUUCUGUUUUUAUUUCAGGGACUUGUGCAUGGACUUUAACAUUAGUUAAGUAUUUUGUUAUGUUCUUUGGUUAUUUUUGUUUUGCUGAGGGGGGUCAAUAACUAAAUAAAGGAGACAAUUUGAA